CGCUGGCUCCUGCCAGAGCCGCCGGCUCGGCCCCUCCCCGGAGCCGCUUUGUCCCGGGUGACUGCCGCUGAGGUUGCGGCGAGGAGCGGGCGGGAGGCAGAGACCCGCGGACCCACGGAGCCGGAGCCGGAGCCCGGGAGGCGGGGCGCGCCGCGUACGGCCCCACGCCCAGGCCCGCGGGCACCGCGCCCGUCCCCGCGCGCUCUCGGCCCGGCCGCCAGGUGAGCAGCCGCGCCACGCCAGCAGUCGCCGGCUCCGCCGACCGGCAGACCGCCCAGCAGUCGCCUCAGCCUCCACCGACGCAUCGCGGACGACCAGCAGGAAUGAGGGGAGACUCUUAUUUCAUUGGGACGAGGAGCCUGGGGCAGCAGGGGCACAUCCCGGAAGAUGGAGGACUCUUCCUGCUCUGCUGCAUAGACAGAGACUGGGCUGUGACUCAGUGUUUCACGGAGGAGGCCUUUCAAGCAAUCACGGACUUCACGGACCUCCCAAACUCACUGUUUGCAUGCAACGUCCACCAGUCGGUGUUUGAAGGGGAUGAGAGCAAGGAAAAAUUUGAGGGUCUGUUCCGGACUUAUGAUGACUGUGUGACGUUCCAGCUAUUUAAGAGUUUCAGACGUGUCCGAAUAAACUUCAGCAAUCCCAAAUCUGCAGCCCGAGCCAGGAUAGAGCUUCAUGAAACCCAGUUCAGAGGGAAAAAAUUAAAACUCUACUUUGCACAGGUCCAGACUCCAGAGACAGACGGAGACAAACUGCAUUUGGCUCCACCACAGCCCGCCAAACAGUUUCUCAUCUCACCCCCUGCCUCUCCUCCUGUCGGCUGGCAGCCCAUCAGUGAUGCCACACCAGUCCUUAACUAUGACCUCCUCUAUGCCGUGGCCAAACUAGGACCAGGAGAGAAGUAUGAGCUCCAUGCAGGGACUGAGUCCACCCCAAGUGUCGUCGUGCACGUGUGUGACAGUGACAUCGAGGAAGAAGAGGAUCCAAAGACGUCCCCAAAGCCAAAAAUCAUCCAGACCCGGCGUCCCGGCCCGCCGCCCUCCGUGUCCAACUGAGCUCACUGCUCCACCUCGAAGAGAAUACCCGUCUCCUCUUUAUCAUGCUUUUUCCCCCCCUGUUGUUUGUUUGUCAAAAAAAAAAAAAUUGCCUUUAAAUCCCUGGGUGUUUGGUUGUUUGAGAUUCCUUCCUUGUAAUCAAGCCUCUCGGACAAAAGGGCUAGGAAAAGGUGAUAUGUUUCCUGAUCAUAUCAUACCCAUCAAGUAUAAGACAUUAUUUAGAAGAUUCUAGAAAAAAAAGUAGUAUUUUCUUAUUAAACAAUCAGCACAGCCUAACCUUCGUGCUCUCCUGUUGAUCCAAGCCGGAGACAUCAGUGGCAAAUAGCACCUGUGUUGCUUGUGAGCCGUUCCAGUCCCAGUCCUGACGUGUGUGCGUUGUUCUUUCCUGGCCACUUAAGUAGGACCAUAAGUAAACUUGACUUUGACUGCAUGAGAUAUCCCUAUCUGGUCUCCUCAGUCCUCUGCAUCCCAACAUUCCCAGGACAUGCAUGAUCACCAGCAUUUAUUUUCAUGAUUUGACGAUAUACUCUAAGUCACAGAUGGUCAGCGUCCAGUCACGUCCUACCUAGAUUAGCAAAAUUAUCAGCAUCCUCCAGCUUAUUAACAAGUCUGGGUGUAGUCACUCUUUCGAGUCAAAGACUGCAUAGCUCUGUUAAAAUUCCUGGAGGAAAAACUGAGCUUGGCCCCAAAGACAUCCCUCAGUAGAUUUUGAACACGAUUUCAUUGUAGAAGUUUCCCUGCCUCGUUGGGGAGGCUCGUCCAGGAUGAUAGAGACCGAUUUCAGACAAAUCUGUUUAUCACAGAAGUUUCAUGGUGUCUGAAUGAUUGUUUUUUUUUCUCUUUGUAUAUUUGUACAAAUGUUUCAGCUGUGCUUUUAAAUAUCUGGAUGUCUUUCACUCUAUUAUGGAUAAUGCUGAAUUUUGAAAGGGCACAGAACUUCUCAUGCCGAUCUAUAAAUGACUAGCCAACAUCUUUGCUAUCAAGACCAGUUGCUUUUAAAUAAAGCGAAGAAGCAA